GCCAUGUUCGGCAUGGCACUCUACCACAUGGGCUCCCUCAUCCAAUCCGAUAAACGCUUCGCUCUCCCGGGCGAGCCUGAUGAGCCGUACGACUGGUGGCUCGCCGCACUCGACGUCUUCGAGACCGGCGAGAACCUACCAAGUCGGACCGGCGGACUCGCAGCGAUCUCCACCUUCUCGGACAUCGCUGAGGACUGGCGUAUGGCGAUCGCCUGGGGGCGCACGCUCGUCAGUCUUGCCGAUGCAAAGGUCACGCAUAUGAGGGCGCUUGCUCGGCAGGGCGCGCCCGUGGACGAGUACUGCUAUCGCCCUAACACAUCGCCAUUCCCAAUGAGCGAGCCAAAUUGGCCGCUCGACUCGCCAUUUGCCGUGAUUGCAGCCGCGCGCCCACCCGUGUCGCGCCGGAUGAGCCUGUACUCGGCGAGCGCACAUGAAGUGAUGACGCUUGCGAUGGACCAAUUCUCGCGCGGGAUCUUCCACAUGCCGCAUCCGCACUAUCCGCACUCGCAAAACCCGCACGCAUACAGCCCAGCGUUGCCGGCCACGCCCCGGCGGUCGUUUUCUCCGAGCCCGCAUCUAUCUGCGCGCCGGAUGAGCACUCCGCCAGUCGGCGACACGUCGGCGUCGUUCUCGCGCCCGCGGGAGCUGUUCAACAUCGCGACGGACGUGCUGGGGGUGGCGGAGCGGCUGGAGGACGGGACGCAGCGCGCGUACUGGGCGCAAUGGGCCGAGUCGGUGCUGACGCAGAUGAAGAUGGAGGCGGAUAUGGAGAAUUGGCGUGCCUCUCUGGCAGCGGCGCGCGGACGGUGUUGGCUCGUGAUGGGAGAGGCGAUCGUCGAGCAGCUCGAGGACGCGCUGGAGCGCGGGGAGGAAGGCGUGCUGCGGAGCGAGGAAGCAAAGGAGGCGAGGGAGGACCUCGUCAAGGCGGUGGAUUUGUUCGAGCGCGCGAAGGAUGCAGAGGCCAAGGCUGGGAUCAAUUUGAUUCCGUUAACGCGAGGCGAGAGGAAGAGUGACGUGAAGGAAUUGCUGGCGGAGGCGCUCCUGUCGCGCGCGAAUUUGGAGGAGGAUGAGGAGAGGAGGGAGGCGCUGUAUGCGCGGGCGGCGCGGGAGCUGUGCGAGGCGGGGAGCGCGGUGAGCUUGCCGUCUAGGGAGGAAUGGGAGGCGCAGCAGCGAGGAGCGGUGGAUGGGGAUGGGGACGACAAGAUGGAUCUGAGUUGAGGCGGGUGGGGUGGUUGAGAAACGUCUCUGCCGCCUUUCUGCUUCCGGACGCCUGCGCCUGAUGAUUGUAUGACCUCUGCACGACACUGACGACCUUCUUGGCUCUUGCUCUGUUGCUCUGAAUUCCUCCUGGGCUCUCUGGCGUAUAUAUUUGGGCACACCACUGCGUACCGACAUCAUACCCUAUCCUCUCUCGUCGCAUCACAUCAUAUCGCAUCACCAUUGUAUACACAUCGUCCCGCCAUCGUCACGUCACGCAUUCUUCCUCCUCCUACUUGUUGUCGUUCCUCGU